UCCAAAUUUAUUCAGACCUUAAUGACUUUAGGACUUUAUGGGACAGGAAGAAUCUUGAUAAAACUCUGAAAAAAGAAGAUAAUGAUGACUUGAUGGAAUUCAAAGCCAAAAUAUUCAGGUCUUACUCAUCCCAAGAAAUCCUUGAGCAGUUCAAUAUCCUUAAGAAGAUUAUCAACAAGUGUUCGAUUCCUAAUAUGCGCAAGGAAGGAAGAAGAGGUUUAGAAUCCAACAAAGAAAACUUUGCCCGUGACUCGUGGGGGUCGAUAGGAGAUGAUGUCCAUCCCAGUCCAACACUAAAGAGGACCAAAACCCAGAAAGAAAGACUCAUAAAAACCCAUUUCCAGACCAUAUUUUACAUUCCUGAGUUCCUUGACACCACCUCUGAACUACAGAACAAGGAGGUAUUCCAAGAACUAAUCUACGCCAAUACACAUGAAUGCUCAUCAAUUUCUAAAUUCACAAAGGCAGGUAGGCACAGAUCCAAUCUUCUGGAGAAGGACUCUCUCAAGAUCAAUCUCGAACUGCUUCGGGAGCAGUACCAUACUAAGGUGCCUAGCCUGCAGGAUCUGAAGCUUCUAGAAGUUACCAGGAAUUAUGAGUGCCUAGCAAGGUUUUGCGAGAGAAAUUAGUAAAAAUGG